GACUCGGUGGACAUUAACGGGACAAGACUGGAGAGAGAGAGCAGCGCGCGCUGAGAGGCGAUUUUCAUGGGAAUACCACGAGUUGAAAGCGAACAUAAACACGUUGAAUGAAGAAGCAGACGACUUGGAUUAUACAGCUCUGUCUUCCUUUGCCUUGACUGAGAGGAGUUGACUGCAAAUUACAAAAAAAAAAAAAAAAAAAAAAUGUUUACCGGGCAGCAGGCCGUGUAUUAGGGCUCUUUUGCUUCCGGUAUAAGGCCCAGCUGAACAAGAAACCGAGCAGUUUUCUCUCUCCCACACACUUUUUUUUUUUUUUUUUUUCUGGAAGCCGAACUUUUUGAGAGUGGAAAAUGGGUCUUUGAGAGUGUUGGCACAUUUCCCUGCACCACAAUGGCAACCGAAACCUUUCUGUUGAACGAAGAACCCUCCAGAGGUCCUGGGAUGCCUGAAUGCUUUGUAGUAUCAGAUUCAUACAGGGAUGAAUUUCAUCCCUUCAUUGAGGCCCUUCUCCCCCAUGUCCGUGCCUUCUCCUACACCUGGUUCAACCUGCAGGCCCGUAAGCGCAAGUACUUCAAGAAGCACGAAAAGAGGAUGACCAAGGACGAAGAGCGCGCGGUGAAGGACGAGCUGCUGGGGGAGAAGCCAGAGAUCAAGCAGAAGUGGGCCUCGCGCCUGCUGGCCAAGCUCCGCAAGGACAUCCGGCCCGAGUUCCGCGAGGACUUUGUGCUCACCAUCACGGGGAAGAAGCCGCCCUGCUGCGUGCUGUCCAACCCCGACCAGAAGGGCAAGAUCCGCCGCAUCGACUGCCUCCGCCAGGCCGACAAGGUGUGGCGGCUGGACCUGGUGAUGGUCAUCCUGUUCAAGGGCAGCCCCCUGGAGAGCACGGACGGCGAGCGGCUGGUCAAGUCGCCCCAGUGCUCCAACCACGGCCUGUGUGUCCAGCCGCACCACAUCGGAGUGACGGUCAAGGAGCUGGACCUCUACCUGGCCUACUUCGUCCACACACCAGAACAAUCAGGACAAUCAGACAAUUCAAACCAGCAAGGAGACACAGACGUCAAACCCCCACCAAAUGGCCACUUGAGUUUCCAGGACUGCUUUGUGACUUCAGGGGUGUGGAACGUAGCCGAGCUGGUCCGUGUGUCGCAGACCCCGGUUGCUACAGCGACCGGCCCCAACUUCUCCCUGGCUGACCUGGACAGCCCCGGCUACUACAACAUCAACCAGGUGACCCUGGGACGGCGCUCCAUCACCUCCACCCCCUCCACCAGGACUGAAAUGGAGCUUUAUGCAAGUCUCCCACGGAGCUCCAACAAGCGCAAGUCCAUUGACGACAGCGAGAUGGAGAGCCCGGUGGACGAUGUCUUCUACUCGGGCCGCUCCCCGGCGGCCGGCAGCAGCUCUCAGUCCAGCGGCUGGCCUAAUGAUGUGGAUGCAGUGCAGCACCAUUUGGCCAGUGUGCAGGAGAGGAAGAUUAAGCAUGAGAGCGAUGGAGUGCAGUUUCCUUACCAUGGACUCUCAUCGCCUGGUUCUCUUAAGAAGCCGGGGAAAUUCGAUUUCAGCGCCCUGUCCUCCCAGACGAGGUCCCCCCGCAUGGCGUUCACCCACCACCCACUGCCAAUGCUGGCGGGAGUGAGACCAGGGAGUCCCCGUGCUUCAGCCUCGGCCUUGCACUUCCCGUCUCCCUCCAUCAUCCAGCAGUCUAGCCCCUACUUCACCCACCCAACCAUCCGCUACCACCACCACCCUGGACAGGACCCCCUGAAGGAAUUUGUGCAGUUUGUCUGUGCUGACGGCUCAGGGCAGGCCGCCGGACAGCAUACUCCACGCCAGGCGCCACAGCUCCCAACAGGUUUGUCGGCAUCGGAUCACGGGACAACAACUUUCUGAACAUCCCGCAGCAGACACAGUCUUGGUUCCUCUGACAAGAUCUGUGUACAAACCAGCAACUAGAGUUCUUUCUUUACAAUCGGAAAUAGAAAAACAGAGAAACAACCCGCAGGAUAAUAAUUCUCCUCCAACCAACCAAUCAACCAACCAACCAACCAACCAACCAAGCAGUCAAUAACUAGAACAAUGUCAACAACUUAUUCAGGCUGGGCGAUAUGGACCAAAACUCAUAUCCCAGUGUUUUUUAGGCCGAAUGGUGAUAUACGAUAUAUAUUGGUAUUUUUAAACAAAACUUUCAGCUUUCAUCAUCAACCUGUUUUAUUUAAAGACUUUAUCAAACUUCCACCUUUUGAAGCAAUUUGCUUGCGGCAUUUUUGCAAACAACUUUGUGUUGCUGUUCAUCUGAAAUCCGGAAUACCUGCGGUUGCAACAAAUAGCGGUCAUAAGUUAAGGCAACAUCAAAAGAUAUUAUUUAUCAGUAUGGCGGUGUUGUCUCAACUACAUAUCUCAUUCUUAAAUAUAUCGGUAUAACUCGUAAUGACGAUAUACCGCCCAGCCCUACAACUGAUCAAUGUAUAACCAAGUGUCAUGUCCAUUGUAUUCUCAGGUGUUUUUAUUAUUUUGUCCACCACUUGUCACACAUAUUACUGCUUAAAAUACUAACAUGAGCCCUUCUUCCCCUUUUUUUCCUUUUUCAGUCUUGGUUCCUCUGACAAGAUCUGUGUACAAACCAGCAACUAGAGUUCUUUCUUUACAAUCGGAAAUAGAAAAACAGAGAAACAACCCGCAGGAUAAUAAUUCUCCUCCAACCAACCAAUCAACCAACCAACCAACCAACCAACCAAGCAGUCAAUAACUAGAACAAUGUCAACAACUUAUUCAGGCUGGGCGAUAUGGACCAAAACUCAUAUCCCAGUGUUUUUUAGGCCGAAUGGUGAUAUACGAUAUAUAUUGGUAUUUUUAAACAAAACUUUCAGCUUUCAUCAUCAACCUGUUUUAUUUAAAGACUUUAUCAAACUUCCACCUUUUGAAGCAAUUUGCUUGCGGCAUUUUUGCAAACAACUUUGUGUUGCUGUUCAUCUGAAAUCCGGAAUACCUGCGGUUGCAACAAAUAGCGGUCAUAAGUUAAGGCAACAUCAAAAGAUAUUAUUUAUCAGUAUGGCGGUGUUGUCUCAACUACAUAUCUCAUUCUUAAAUAUAUCGGUAUAACUCGUAAUGACGAUAUACCGCCCAGCCCUACAACUGAUCAAUGUAUAACCAAGUGUCAUGUCCAUUGUAUUCUCAGGUGUUUUUAUUAUUUUGUCCACCACUUGUCACACAUAUUACUGCUUAAAAUACUAACAUGAGCCCUUCUUCCCCUUUUUUUCCUUUUUCAGUCUUGGUUCCUCUGACAAGAUCUGUGUACAAACCAGCAACUAGAGUUCUUUCUUUACAAUCGGAAAUAGAAAAACAGAGAAACAACCCGCAGGAUAAUAAUUCUCCUCCAACCAACCAACCAACCAACCAACCAACCAACCAACCGACCCACCGACCGGCCCGACAGUACGUCUCACCUGAUACAAAAUAUAACCAAGCAACGCAGGAAACUACAGCAGCAUGACGCUUUUAGAGGAACUCUGGACUCAUUUAUCCAGUCAGAGGGAGGACCCGUUACAAGCAAAAGAUGGAUAGAUGGAAAGAUGAAUGGAUGGACAAGAGGAUAAAGAAGGGGUAAGGGGACAAACAUCAGCCAGCAGGUCUCUCCUGGAACCACCGAACCAGAACCAGCACAACGCGGGAGGAACCUGAGGAGGGGAAAGCAGUCUCUGUGAGGACGCAUUGUGUAAUGAAUGGCUAAGAAAAUCAACUGUCCAACAAAAAUCAGGUUUCUACAACACAGAUUAACAUUUCGCAAUGAAUCCACUGCCUGAUCAAAGCAAAGACACUAUUUGGUUUACAAUGAAAGCUGCAGUCCAUGCUCCUGUGAUGUCUGUCAUCACCCAAAACUAAAUCAAAUUGACCAAUGUUUGUCUCCCUCUGAGUGACUCUACAAAGUUUUACCCUACUACUAACUAGAGAGAGACCAUGCCAAAACAUAUCUUGAUUAAGGGUUGCACUAGAAGCUGAAUCAAUUAACACUAAUCUUAUCGAUGUGCACUAUUUACCUACAAGGCAUGGGAGGUAAACCAGACUUGCCUAUUAAGAGUUUUAAAGAGGAAAAACCAAGGUACCGAGGUCCUCGACCCCUUAUCGUUCAGUUUGACAAAUCAUCGGCCUCCGCUCAUUCUCACAUCUCCCCGCACAACAACACGCACUCACACAACCUGUGCCAUGACCACAGCCUGUGUGUAGAUUAGAAACACACACAGUCGCCCAGUCAGACCUUUUAGAUUGUAGUAAUCAUAGGUGGUGGUGUCGUGUUCUCAUAUUUCCAUUUAAUAUGAACACACACACAGUAAGCCCAGUGAACUCUCUCUACCGAUUCGAUUAGAUAUCCAAACACACACACACACACACGCUGAAAAUCAGUGUAAGUGUGUGUGUCGUUACUGACAGUUUUCACGACUAUAGACAGCAGCUAUUGGUUCCCCCUUUGCCCUCUUGUAAUGUAGAUUGAAUGAUUUUGUUAUCUCUUGUGUCUUCUCUUAUUUGAAUUUAUUCCUUUUGAAUUUGUACUAUUUUAUAAUUGUUUUGUAUUUGAAUGACAGCACCUUAUAGAGAAACACAGUAAAGGAGUGGAAUGUGGAGGCGGUGUAGACAGGGUGGUGAGCUGA